CAAAGAUUUUUUCUUUUUUGAAAAAAAAAAGAAAAAAAAAAGUUUUUUUAUAGUGUUCAAAUUGGAGAUAUGUACAAUUGAAAGUUCGGUCUGGAAAUAACCAGAAAAAAAAAACACACAUGGGUGCUUUAACUUUCAAAGGUUUUACACAUGUGGUUGGAUGUGGGUGUCUUCACAAAUGAUCUCUUCUUCAACAUAACCUCUCGUCUACUUUGGUUUCCUGGUUCUGAUUUUCCUUAAAGUAUUUUUUUUCUGUAACAUUAUAUAUUGAUUUCUUGUUUGGGGGUGCUGUAAUUGUUGUAAAGAAUUGUUUGAUUAAGGUUAUAGUUUAGUGAAGGGGAUAAUUUUUUAUUAUUUCGAUGAAAUCCAUGGGAGGAAGGAAGCAGAUGGUUUAUGUUGCUUCGAUCUGUUGAGGUUUUUUCUGAUAGCCAAAGCGGGCCCUUUUUCACUCUUUUGCUUCCUUGAUUAGAUACAAUAUAUUUUCCCCUCCUUUCUACUUAUCCGUACACAGAAAAAAAACCCUAUCCUUUCGCUAUCUAUUUUUUUUCUCUCUCUAUAUCUAUAUCUAUAUCUGUCUCAAAAGGGGACUCAUUAUUUUUAUAAUAAAAUAUUUGAUAUGAGAGGUGUACAACAACAGCAGCAGCAGCAGAAGAUGGGAGGUGAAGAUGUGCAUGCAGUGGGUGGAAAUGAAGGAAACCCUUCAGGGUUUGAUGAUGUUGUUGUUGAGGUUGAAAGAGUGAUGGGUAGUGAAGAAAGAGAGAUGUGGCUGGAUAGGCAGCAAGACGAUGAGUUGCUUGAUGUUAAUGAUGCUUCCAUCUUCUAUGGUGAUUUCCCUCCUCUUCCUGAUUUCCCUUGCAUGUCGUCUUCUUCGUCUUCUUCGUCCACUCCGGCACCUGUUAAGGCCGUUGCAUGCUCCUCCUCGGCUUCCACGGCUUCGUCUUCUUCUUCCGCGGCUUCUUGGGCUGUUUUGAAGUCGGAUGCCGAUGAAGACAUGGAGAGAAAGAGUAAUGGUCAUCAUAUUCAUCUUCACCACCACCAUCAUCAAAAUUAUAUUCAGAAUAGUCACCAGCAGGAGCACCAUGGUAAGGUUGAUGGAACACCAGCCGCCUUGUCUUCCACAGCCUCCAUGGAGAUCCCUCAGCCACCAGAUCAGAAUGUCAUGGACGGCGUCGAUUGUAUGGACGUUAUGGAGAAUUUCGGGUACAUGGAUCUGAUCGAUAACAAUGAUUUAUUCGAUCCAUCUUCGAUAUUUCACCAUGAUGAUACUGGCCUAGAAGAGUUCCAACAAGAUCAGCAAAACCAACAGCAGCAAGAACAUGAUUCGACUCAACAGCAGCUGGGGAAACAAGUGGGGGCAAUGAUGUACAGUAAGAACGAAGAUCAGACCCAAGAAGAGAAAGCUUCGGAUGAUUUAGCCAUGGUGUUCUUGGAGUGGCUCAAGACCAACAAAGAGACUGUCUCAGCAGAAGACUUGAGGAGAGUUAAAAUCAAGAAAGCUACCAUAGAGUGUGCCGCCAGGCGUUUGGGUGGAGGAAAAGAGGCCAUGAAGCAGCUGUUGAAGCUUAUUCUUGAAUGGGUUCAAACCAAUCAUCUUCAGAGAAGGCGCAUUAAAGAAUCAGCUUCCAACAACCACCCUGAUCACCCUUGCCAGUACUCUAACCCUAAUAAUCUCAACCCUAGCUCAAACCCAAACCUCAACUGCAACCCUAUCUUACCAUCUGAACCCAACUCUUUUUUUUCUCAACCAGCAUGGGUUCCACAACCAGCUUACACAACAGAUCCGGGGGCUGCACCACCACCGCUGCCAGGUUUCACACCUGUAGUGGGGUAUAUGGGGGAUCCUUUUGCAAAUGGAGCUCCUAAUGUUACCACCCACCACCACCCUUAUCGGCCCCCAACGGAUUAUCAAGUGCUGGACACAGCUCAAACGUGGCCACCUUCACAGUUUGCUUUGGCAGCCUCUCAAUACAACUCAUUUGCAGACAAUAAUCUCCAUCCAGCUCCACUUCAGCAGCAGCCAUCUGCCUUUCCUGGGUAUGUGAAUCAAUAUCCGUAUCAGUACGUCCCGGGGCAUAAUAAUAAUGAUCAAAGGUUACUACGGUUAGGCUCGUCUGCUACUAAAGAGGCAAGAAAGAAGAGGAUGGCAAGGCAAAGAAGGUUUGCAUCACACCAUAGAAAUCACGGUCAUCAUCAUAAUAAUCAACAAAGCCAGCUCCAGAACCAAAGUAUUGACCAACAUGAAAGGAUUGUGAACGGUAACUGUGUUGCCGCAGCCCAAGCCAACCCCGGAAACUGGGUCUAUUGGCCAUCGGUUGCCGGUGCCUUAGCUUCGAAUCCUCCGUCAGUUCUUCCUGGUGAUGUCACUAUGGUGCAUCCUGUGGAUCAAACAACCAUGCAAGGACAGACUUAUCAACGGCAAGUGGCAACAGAUAGACGACAGGGAUGGAAACCAGAGAAGAAUUUGCGGUUUCUUUUGCAAAAAGUUUUGAAGCAGAGCGAUGUGGGCAAUCUUGGAAGAAUAGUGCUGCCAAAGAAAGAAGCAGAAACUCAUCUUCCUGAAUUAGAAGCAAGAGAUGGGAUCUCCAUAGCCAUGGAAGACAUUGGAACAUCUCGAGUUUGGAACAUGCGCUAUAGUUUCAGAUUCUGGCCAAACAAUAAAAGCAGGAUGUAUCUUCUUGAAAAUACAGGGGAUUUCGUGAGAACAAAUGGACUCCAAGAAGGAGAUUUCAUAGUGAUAUAUUCAGAUGUAAAAUGUGGCAAAUAUUUGAUACGAGGAGUAAAAGUCCGGCAGUCGGGGACAAAAUCGGAGACCAAAAGACCAGGAAAAUCCCAGAAAAACCACCAUACGAAUUCUCCAUCUGCCGCCGUCAGUGGUUCAUUACCCACACCUAUUACACAGACAGUAAAGUAAUAGAGAAGAAAACAAAACAAAAAAAGGGUGCAUGCAUUUGCAAACCAUUGCCAUAUUUCCUGGUUGCAUGGACAAGUGGACGAUGAAAAAUCUAGUUUGGAGACCCUCAGCUGUGCCCACAUUGGUUUCUCCGUCAAAUGGUAGUGCUUGGAAUCCCAAGUGCCGAGGCCGAGACAAGAUACUACUACUACAGAGAAUUCCGGUAUCUGUAUGUUUGUCAAACUGUAGUGUUUUACUUCAUACUCUUACCACUGUAAAGUUUGUUUACAAGAUACUACUACUACGUAUUACUAAUAUAUGUAAGACUAUGAAAUGGAGCUAGCCAGCUAUUUGUUGUUCAUUAGCAAUUGAAAUGUGUCAAUUUCAUGGUUA